UCUCAUUGGAUGAAGAAAAGAGUUGACGUCGAUUAUCCAUAUUCAUCUCAGACUAUAAAUUCCCUCUCCGAUCUGCAAUGCAAAACAGUUCUUAUCCAGACCAUCUCAGCAAUUCUUAUAUUGGGAGUGGCAGAAUGUACGGUUAAGCUUUCGUCCACCUUGCAAUAUCCGGCAAUAAAUUGUCGAAAGCACAGCGCUGUUUUGACGGAAUUUGGAGCGGUCGGUGAUGGAAAAACAUCAAACACCAAAGCUUUCAAGGCCGCAAUUGAUAGCCUCAGCAAGCAUGCAUCAGAUGGUGGGGCACUGCUUAUUGUUCCUCCGGGAAAAUGGUUAACUGGGAGCUUUAAUCUCACAAGCCAUUUCACUCUUUUUCUCCACAAGGAUGCUCUUCUUCUCGGAUCUACGGAUGAAUCAGAAUUUCCUCAACUUCCUCCACUUCCUUCUUAUGGGACAACAAUUAGACGGUUCACUAGUCUUAUUUUUGGUACAAAUCUCACAGACGUCGUAAUCACCGGCAACAAUGGCACAAUUGAUGGGCAGGGUGCAACUUGGUGGACAAAGUAUCCUAGUGGCGGAUUAUUGAAUGUGACCCGACCAUGCAUGAUCGAGCUUAUGUACUCUAAUCAAAUCCAGAUAUCUAAUCUUAUACUAAUCAACUCUCCAUACUCGUUUGUCCAUCCAGUAUAUAGCAGUGAUAUACUAAUCCAAGGGCUGACGAUCCUUGCACCAAUUGACUCUCCUAACACUCAUGGGAUACAGCCAGAUUCAUGCACAAACACUCGUAUUGAGGACUGCUUCAUAGAACCAGGGGAUGACUGCAUUUUCGUGAAAAGUGGCUAUGAUCAAUAUGGAAUCAGAUUUGGAAUGCCCUCAAAGCAGCUUGUCAUCAGAAGACUUACUUGCAUUUCACCCGACAAUGCUAUCAUUUCUCUAGGCAGUGAAAUGUCUGGUGGAAUUCAAGAUGUUAGAAUUGAAGACAUCACAGCCUUUAAUAUGGAAGCAGGUCUUAGAAUCAAGACUGCUAUUGGCAGAGGAGGUUUUGUGAAGGACAUAUAUGUGAGAAGAUUGACCAUGAAGACAACCAAAUAUGUUUUCUGGAUAUCGGGUGAUUAUAACAAGCACCCUGACAAUGGAUUCGAUCCAAAAGCCCUUCCAGAGAUUCAUGGAAUUAAUUAUAGAGAUGUGGUGGCAGAGAAUGUUAAUGUUUCAGCAAAAUUUGAUGGAAUCACUAAUGAUGUUUUUACAGGAAUAUGCAUUUCUAAUGUUAAUAUUACUUUGUCUCAGACGCCUAAGGCAUUACAAUGGAACUGUUCUAAUAUUGCAGGGGUGACAAGCAAUGUGACUCCUAAGCCGUGCAAUUUGUUGCCUGAGCAAAAAGGUGUUGUUUGUCACUUUCCUGAGGAUAAGCUGCCCAUUGAACAUGUUCAGUUGAAGGCAUGUUCUGCUACCACUGCCUAAUGCCUUCGUCUAAGAUUGUAAUAAAUUUGGAAAUAA